UGAAAUAAAUUGGAUAUAUUUAAUGACACUAUAGCAAUAUGGCAUGAAUGGCACGUAGACAUUUCAUAACCUUUAUGACUACAUUACUAAUGUUUUUCAGUAAAAUGAUGUGAAAGUUUUUCAUAGUUUGACAUAGUAGAUUUGACCUUUUGCAGCAGUAUAAUAAAUAAUACAAUGAAUUUAAGUAAAACAGAGAAACUAAUAGCAGCUAGAAAAAAGUUAAAAGAAUUUCAACAGAAUAAAAAAAUACAUAUACAAGAUGAACCAUUGAAAACUGAAAAUGGGAUAAUUAAAUUAUCACAGCAGAAUGAAACUGUGGAAACAAGCUCCCAUAAAAAUCAGUUGAGAAGUGAUCAUAAUGUUCCUAUAAGCGAUACAUUACAAAAUUUUACGUUUCCAUUAGAUAAUAAAGAUUCUCAUGUAAAUAUAGAAUCAACAUAUUUUGUAUCCACAAAUGAGAAUAAAAUAAGUGUAAAGCAAAUGAAUGCAGAAGGUAGUCCUAAACAAGAUGCCAGCAUUGAAAUGACAAAUGUUGCAAUAUCAUCAGAAAAAGAUAACAGUCAUGUAGAAAAGGAAAGAGUAUCGGAAUCUAAUGAAAAUAACAUUAAUUACUUUUGUACAGAUAAAGAUAAAAGUGAAAGUAAUUGUACUUUAGGUAAUAUAUCGUUAAAUCAACAAUUAUCUAUACAAACGAAACAAUUAUUACAAGCUGAGAAUACAAAAAUUAAUGAGUCUGAUGAAAAUACUGACAAUAAUAAACGGAAAAUGCUUGAUUCUCAAAAUCAAACUGUAACUUGUUUACAGGAUCAAAAUCAAGUAGUAAAUCAAUUACAAAUUCAAGUUAGACAAUAUAGUAAUAAAAUUUCUGAACUACAAGCUGCACUUACUGCAAAAAAUACAGAAGUUGAGAUAAAGCUGAUGCAAGAGAUUAAACAACUAAAAGAAAAAUUGCAAAUUCAUGUGCAAACAACUAAUAUUUUAAUUUCGGAAAAAGCAGAACUUACUACAGCCUUAAAUCAAAAUGAAGCAACUAUUAAACAUCAAAAAGAAGAGAUAGAAGAAUUAUCUGGGAAAUUGAAACAUGUUCAAUUUCAUUCAUCUGAAUUUGAAAAAGAAUUAAAUAUUACAAAAAAUGAUGCUGAAGAAGCUAAAAAAAUUGCUCAACAAAUGAAACAAGAUCAUGAAACACUUCACGAAAAAUAUUCAGAGCUAAAGAAGGAAAAAGAUGAUUUGAAUUUACAGGUUUCAGAAUUAAAACAAAAAUUAAGUGUUAAGAAUAGUGAAUUAAUCAAUUUACAGCAGACUUUACAAGAAAAAGCUGCUUUACUUUCAUUAAAUGAAUUAAAAAUACAACAGCUCACAAGCACAUCUCAAGAUUUAGAGAUGCUUGAAAAUCAACAUCAUAAUGUAACCAUGCUUGAACAACAAGUAGCACAAAUGAAAGAAGCUUUGAAAACAGUGAGCGAAGAAAAUGAUGAAGCAAGUAAACAAUAUCAAAACUAUGUACGUCAAUUAGAAACACAACAAGAAAGACUGGUUAAUGAACUAGAACAUCAGAAAAAAUUAAACAACGAAUGGGAAAUUAGAGAAAAAAGUUAUAUAGAGCGUUUAUCAGACUUUGAACAACAAUUACAAUCUGAAAAAGAAAAAGUUCAAGAGUUAAUUCCAUUGCAAAAUCACAAACAUCGUACAGAUACUUUAAUAAAGGAAAUUGAUGAACUUACAUUAGAACAAGAGAGACUUCAUAUUAUUAUAAAUGAAAAAGAAACAGAUAUAGAUAUUUUAAAAAAAGAACUACAACAGUUACAAAAUAAAGAGAAUCAAAGUACAGAUGUACCGAAACUGCUUCAGGCUCUUGAAAGUGAACAGCUUGGUGCAUCUAGAGCUGUAUCACAAAACCAACAGCUUAAACAACAGUUAAAUGAGAUGCAUGAUGCUUUUAUUUUACUUAGCAAUACUAAAUUAGAUUUAACAGAAAAACUACAAUCAGAACGUACUAUUGGGAGGAAGCUAAAUGCAGAACUUAACAAAUUAGAGUCAGAAGUAGAAUAUUUGAAAAAUUCUUUAAAAGAGAAAGAAGAAUCUUUGUCAGAAUUGAAAAAAGAGAAUUUACAGAAUGCUCAAAUUGCUGAUCAAAUACAUCAUUAUCAAGCUCAAUCGCAAUAUGCACAUACAUUACAGCAAGAACUUCAAAAAGCUUUGAAUACUAUUGAUGAUUUAAAAAGUGAAAAUGAAAAACUCACUGAAGAAUUGAAUCAUAAAACGGACAAAGAAAAAAAUGAAAUAAAUGAAUCUAAUGUAAUUAAUGAAAUAUCAGAAAAUAAUGACAAUGUUGAUAAAAAUAUCCUUAACACCAAAGAAAUUAAAACUAUAUCACGCUCCACAAUAACUGAGCCCUCUUAUGCUUUAGAACCAAUAAAGAAAUUGGAAGAGAGAUUUAAGGAAACAAUGGAAAAACUUGCUGAGUUAACGGAUGAAAAACAAAGACUGGAACAUUUGGUUUUACAGCUUCAAAGUGAAACAGAGACAAUAGGUGAAUAUAUUGCAUUGUAUCAAAGGCAACGUGCUAUUUUGCAAGAAAGAGCAAAAGAAAAAAAUGAAGCUUUUCGUUUACUUAUAGAACAGAAAAACGAACAGCAAGAACAAUUGCAUAAGCUAAAAGAAUUAGUAACAAAUUUGAUAACAAGAAAAUCCACUAUUACAGACAACAUGGAGCUUUAUACUUCUGAUCAUAAAGAAGAAAAUAAAGAUGUAAUAACAUCAGAAAACAUCAAACAAAACAAUAGUGUUGUAUCAGAAAUAUCAGAUGAUGAAACAACAUCUCAAAUUCUUGAUCUUUUAACAGAAAUUAAAGAUUGUAAAGAUACAUGCAUACUUGCAUCAAAUUUUCACCCAUGCCCAUGGUGUUCAGGGAAACUUAUUACUGUAUGAUCAUAUAAUUAAAGAUAUAUCUUUUUAAAAAAAAAUACAUUAUAUAUAAUAUAAUAUUAAACAAUAUAUUAAGUGUA